UAAAUCUAGACCCUACAGAGUGAAUACAACAACAAUAUCCUCGCAGUCUAGUUGUUAUCACAUUUACCAGCUUUGUUUCAGCAUAUACCCGCUCUUGUUUUGUUACUGGCUCAGAUUUUCUGCAAUUAUCUUACUGCCCGACUUUAAUAUUUUCGUCUCUGGUUCAACAAAUGGGUUUGGCAGCGCCCCGCAAAAAAACCAAGAUCUCUCAUGAUCCCAAUAAUACCAAUUGGUCGCGGUCAACAAGUGGCUUCGGACAUAAAAUUCUCAGUUCCCAAGGAUGGACUCCGGGAAGUUUCUUAGGAGCUCGUAAUGCAGCGCAUGCCGAUAUGUUUACUGCUGCAAGUGCGUCACAUAUCAGAGUCAUUGUGAAGGACGAUACCCUAGGUCUCGGAGCACGUUCGAAACGUGAUCUUCUAGACGAACCUACUGGCCUUGAUGCUUUUAAGGGCUUACUUGGAAGGUUGAAUGGGAAAACGGAUGUCGAAUUACAAGCCGAUCAGAGGAAAAGAGACGAUGUGAAACUCGCUCGUUAUGCUGCUACCAAAUGGCAAGCUGUUAGGUUCAUUAGCGGUGGUCUCUUGGCGCAGGAAAAGGACGAAUCCAAAGAGACUGCCGAGUGCACACUAAAGUCAGGAGCAAAGAAUGCAAACCCUGUCGAUAACAAUUGUGCAGAUGACAAGACUUGCGCCACUGAUUUGUCUCAAGAUUCGAAGUCCAAAAACCGACGAGCUAAGGACGAUGAGAAAAGUGAGAAAGAGAAGGAGAGAAAAGACGGGAAAGAUAAAAAGGACAAGAAAGACAAGAAAGACAAGAAAGACAAGAAAGACAAAAUGGAUAAAAAGGAUAAAAAGGAUAAAAAGGACAAAAAGGACAAAAAGGACACGAAUGACAAAAAGGACACGAAUGACAAGAAUGACAAAAAGAGAAAGCGAGCAGAGCAACAAGAGGACUCUGACAACCCUGUCCCAGGCCCAUCACACGCAGUGAAGGAACAUCGUCCACCUGGAAGACAUAUGAUCCGAGGUCGACAUAUUGCGCAAAAGAGGAAGGCUUUGAUGGAUGAUAAGUCUUUAAACGAGAUUUUCAUGGUAAAAUCGUAAAUAUUUCUUGUUAUUCAACAUAUACCCCGAUCACCCUGAGCAUCAUUGCUUCUAUCAGUUUCAGCAUUUAAUAGAGCAUAACUUUCGAGGCAUCUAAGGCAGCGAUAUGUAGUGAGACUUCAA